UCUUGCCAUUUAACAACUGCGGAACUGGUACAAUUUCCCCGCCUUUCUUUGAUAUGGUAUCCUUGAAAGCCGCAAAAGUUGGAUUCUCUUAGAUGCAAAGUAUAAAAGUGGUCUGGGUUUACUUAGAAAGUGCCACGCCAGUAUCAGUAAUGGAGGAAAAUGAGUUAGAUAAGGGAGGCCCCCGGCAACAUGUCUCCCGUGGCUGGCCAUCCUCAUCUCUUUGUAUCGACCGGAUUAACAUAGGUGGUGAAAUGCGAGGGGGGAAGAAAAUAAAGAAGUAUUUCGUGCGAGUUGUUCCUCCUGACGCCGCCACACCGAACACCACAAGUUUAUGCUAAUAUUCCUCCUUCAGGACGAGUGUUUCAGGGAGAAGGACGUCCUCUGCCCCGUGAGGAGACGCGGGAUAAUCCUCCUUCAUCUUAAAGACACCACACAUGCCAUGACAGACUACAACAGUGUAAACGGUGAACUCAGGAAAGUGCAGUACAUAGAUAAAUAACGACCAUCAAACGUAAAGAUUUACUGGACAGUUAUGUGCUUGGACUCAAAACAGCUAGCCAGAUAAAUGUCAAAUUGAACAAUAUAUUGAUCACAUUGAAAAGGUUCAAGCGAAGACAAAAUAUUUUAAAUAUGGAUUUUGAAGAUCCAAGAAGGAUGUUUGCCAUGAACAUGAGUGGCCAUCCCAUGGCAAAUCAUCAUGCAACCAAUCAGCAAGCAGUGCAACAAGCAGCAGCUCAGCAGGCAGCUCAGCAGGUGGCUCAACAAGUAGCACCACCACCUCCCCUCACAAGAAUCCUGAUGUCAGAGCCUCAGCAGGUAGCACCUGCACCACCUCUCGCCAGAAUCCUAAUGUCAGAGGCUCAGCAAGUCUCACAGCAACCACCACCUCUCACUAGAAUCCUAAUGCCGGAGGCCAGUCUUCCCAUGGUGGUUGGCUCUCGCCCUGGGCAUAUGGGCACAAGCAUGGCCACAAUCACAACGCAGAUGGCUGGCACACAGCAGAUUACCAUGCAUCAUAGUGUGCAUCAGCAGCAACUUGUACAUCAUCAACAGCAUCAACAGCAAGCAGCCCAGCAACAAGUGGAACACCAACAAGUUGCUCAGCAACAGCAACAACAGCAGCAGCAGCAACAACAACAACAACAACAACAACAGCAACAACAGCAACAACAACAACAACAGCAGCAGCAGCAGCAGCAGCAGCAGCAGCAGCAGCAGCAGCAGCAGCAACAGCAGCAGCAGCAACAACAACAGCAGCAGCAACAACAGCAGCAGCAGCAGCAACAACAGCAGCAGCAAAUGGAGGUAGCUGUAGGCAUCAUAGAUUCUAAUGGAGACCCAGGGCCUUCUUUAGUAGUGGGAGUUUUGGAGGAGGCAGCAGUAGAUGUUAAGAGAGUGGAACUGCAAGAGUCUUUAACAAUAGAGGCAGGCAGUGGUGAAGUGGUAGAUGGAGUAACAGCAGGACACAGCAAUGUGGAACAGUCCCGCUGGUGUCUGGUGUGUGACAAGGGCCUCCCUACGCAAGACUCUCCCCAUGAAUAUGUUGAUCUCUACAAAGCGACAAUGACCGUAAGCCAGCGGAAGUUGUCAGCAAUGUUGGGUCGUUUAGUGGGAUUAACUGUAGUCAAGGCUCACAGUGAUGUUUUGUGCCGUCGUUGCUAUGGCCUUGUAGACCAAGUUGAUGGACUUGAAAUUGAAUUGGCUGAUACCAAAAUGGAGUUGGUACAGCAGUAUGAGGCAACCAUUGCUCAUCGACAACCACAUGCCAAAAAAGAAAUUGAAAGGCCCACAUUAGAGGUAGAUGUGGAAUGGGAAGAGUCCAAUGAAUCGGAAGUGAUAGACAACGAUGAUGAUGACCCAGAUUGCACAGCAACUGGUGCCAAGCGCAAGAAAAAAACAAGAAAAACAAAACGUAAAGGAGGCCGGCCACGCAAAGUCAAACUGACUACUAAAAUUAAGAUAGAUACAGCUAAUGAAGGAGGCGAUGUUGGUGUUGAUGGUCGUCCUAGAAAACGAGGUCGUGGGCGACCUAGGAAAAAAGAUAAGGAAGAAGAUGACUAUAUUCCCCCUGGUGCACCUACCAAGGAAUGUCCUGCCUGUAAAAAGGUUGUUCAUGCCAAGAAGUACCUGACACAUCUGUCAACUCAUCGCCUCUUCCCAUGCCCUUUUUGUGAAUCGGUUUUCAAGAGAAAGGACAUCAAGACCCAUCUUGCUGAAGCACACCAAGAGGAGAUCCAUUAUCCGUGCACAGAAUGUGACGAAGUUUUUGACACUUUCAUGCAACUGCGCCAACACUGUCUUGUGAUUCAUAUGGGUGUGGAGAGAGAACAGUUUAUGUGCAAAAUAUGUAAUAAAAAGUUUUCAAGUUUAACUGGCCUUAAAGUUCAUGUAGACACUAUACACGAAAAAGCCCAAGUAUAUGAAUGUCCAGAAUGCAAAGAAAUCUUUAAUCAAAAAGGGAACAUGCAAAAUCAUUUUCGUCGUGUGCAUCAAGGAGACGAAGCUCGUAAGUUGUUGUGUGAUAUAUGUAACAAAGGUUUCAUCUGCCCAAGUGACCUGAGGAAACAUGUAGAACGGGUGCAUUUAAAGGUGAGAAAGAAUGAAGUCAUGUGUGAAGUUUGUGGUAAACCUUUUUCUGAUUCACGAGCCAUGCGAAUUCAUAUCAAUGCUGUGCAUACCAAGGAAGUGCAACACCCUUGUCCAGAAUGCAAAAUGGUGUUUCAUAGUCUUACCAACAUGGUGACGCAUAGACGGCGUAUGCACGGUGGACCAGAAGGAAGGAAAAAUGUGUGCGAAGUAUGUAGUAAAGGUUUUUGUAGUCCAAGUGAUCUCAAGACUCACAUUAGGGUAGUCCACGAAAAUAUUCGAAAGUAUGUUUGUGAUAUAUGUGGUCAGGCUUUUAAAGUUUGUUCACAUUUAAAAUAUCACCGUAGAAAGCACACAGGUGAAACACCCUAUGAAUGUCCUCACUGUGGUAAAUGUUUCCAUGGACCCAGUCACAUAUCAGACCAUGUCAAGAAAGUUCACAAGACAGUGUACAUUGGUACAAACCAGAGGCGCAAAUUGAAUCUUCCUGAAAGUGCCCCACCUCCACCUCCAGGCAUGUUGCCAGCACGUGAAGCAAAACCCAAACUAAAAAAUAUGACUACUCCUAUGAACAUGGUUCAUCCAACUUACUCUCAGCCAAUGGCCUGCACCAUUCCUGCUUCAGGAGUGGCAACUUUCACUCCUGCUCACCACACUACAAACAUGCUGCCUCCAACCCAGACCAAUCCACCAAUGAUUCAACACCAGGGGCUCAUGGACCACCAUAAUCCAUAUGCUAAUUUCCAGUUUCAAGCAGUAGAACAAACCCCAACACAACAAUCUCCAGUACCUAUGGUUGUUCGUUUGUUGCAUGACCUGCACUACCAGUAAAAUACAGGGCCAAGCCCAUGAAGGGCCUAUGGUAGAUCUAUAUUUGUAAACAGACAUCCAAAAACAUUAUGAAGAAAAGAUUUAAGAAAGCUAUUAAUGUUUCUUUAAAUGGCAUUGCUAGUAUAUUAUAAUUUUUGAUUCAUAUUUCAAUGCAUCAUAUUUUGUACAGUAUAUCCCGCUUCUCCGAAUAGUACAAAGUUUUUAUCUUAUUUAUUAUAUUUCUUUAUUGUAUCAAAAAUUAUCCUUGCCAAAUUAUAAGUGAUAAUUAUUUUGAGAAUGCCAUAGAAUAGUGUGCAUAUGGAAUAUAUAUUUUAAAAAUUUAUUUUUAUAUUUUUAAUUGAUGUUAAAAAAUAGUGUACAGUAAAUUUAAGCUGUGGUAUGAUCUCAGUCAUAAGUAUUUCUUAUUGAAUUUUUGUUCAAUAUACUUUUUAGGAUAAUUAUGAUCAUUUUUAUAUCUAUUAAGAUUGAAGGAGAUAGAUAUAUGGUUAAGCUGUAGACAAGAAUAAUGAUCAUUUUUUUAUUGACAUGUGUAAAAACAUGUGCUGUAUUUUUACAAUUUUUAUUGUAUGAAAUAUUGUCUGUCUAAAAAAAAAAAAAUGAAAAUACAUAACACCAACUUUGUAAUAAGUAAUUUUUUAAUUGUAAACCUUAUUGUAAUGAUUGUAAAGAGUAUUUACAGAAACAGUGCUCAGUAAGAUGCUUUAGAGGACUGCAACUAUAACUACAUUAAGGCUCAUAAAGAAAUUUUUAAGUUACUCAAAUUUUGUUCCUUCAUUGUUUCCAGAUACAGCAAUGGUUUCCUUAAAAUUUCUAUAGAUAUGUUUUUUACUCCAUGGGAAAAUGGAAUGGAACUCUUCCUCCGUAAACCAUGUGCGUCGUAGGAGGCAACUAAAAUGCUAGGAGCAAGG